UCUAUUUUUGUUUAUCAAGAUGAUGAGAAUUAUACUGUUACUUGUUUUGUAUGCAUUUAGAAUCAUCUGAUUACCCGGAUUUGUUGGUGAUUCUAAAUUAUGUAAAAAUUAAUUUCACUUGCUGUGAACUUGAUAGAAACCUUGAGAGAACCAUGCCACAAAAGGUAUAGUUGGGACUCAUACUUGUAGUUGGAGAGUCCAAAACCUUAUAAACCCCACACUCGAAUCCUAUACUUCCAAUUUGGGACUCAACUCCAUACAUUGCAAUUGAGCCCUAACAUCCCACAUGCUCCGCAACCCUGGGCCCCACGCAACUAGUUGUGCACUAGCCCCUUUGACUAGUCCGAGGUGAAUACCGCAAUGCUAGCGUCACCACCUGCGCUGCUCGUUUGCAGUUGAGACAUGUUAGCAUUAAGGAUUAUGUUAAGAGUUAGGGUUAGAUGUAGAGUCUAUGGGCCAAGCCCAUAUGUUUUUUGUACUACAUGUUGUACUACUCUUAACCUAGUAUUAUAUAUAUGAGGGAGGCUGCACCCUGCAGUGUAUCCCAUUACAAUAUCUCUUUCUCUCUCUCUUAGUCUUUUCUCUUAACAUGGUAUCAAGAGCCUAGGUUCUCAACCUGCCUAGGUCAGCCGUCAUAGCUGUCAACCGGUGUAAAAAAAAAAAAAAAAUCCGAAAAAAAAAAAAAAAUUUUUUUUCCCCCUCCCAGCCACUUCAGAAAGGGCCGACCAAGGUUGCUGGGGGUAGGAAAUUUUUUUGGCGGCCGGAUCUUAAAGAAAUCGGCAGAAUGCCGAAAUCGCGGUUUAUGUGAGUAAUCGCGAAGGUGCUGUUUCGGAGCCAGAUAGCGUACGUUUCAGGUACAGAGCAGGGCGUCUUUGUUGUCUGAGGAACGCCCAGUGAUUUUCACAGCCGUCGGUGGUGAUUUGGUGACGUUUCGACGUUCGACGGUGUGUUUCGGUGUGCUCUACAGGUGGAAACGUGCGUUUUCUGUUAGUAACCAGCGUUCAUAUUGUUCGCUGAGUAUUGAGUUUCUUUUAUUUCUUUAGUGAUUCCUUUCUGAGAUAUGGCUGAAGACAACUCUAAGACAAAUGGUGAAGGGAAGACCCCAGUCACUGAGUUCAUGACUACUUCGUCCAAACUCACCGACAUCAAGCUUGAUGGGGAUGGUGAGAACUAUGUGGAGUGGAAGUAUUUGGUGGAGGUCAGCCUUGGAGGAAUGGGAAAGGAUGAGCAUUUGACGGGGUCUUGUCCUACAAACGCAACGGCAGCGGCGAAAUGGAAGAUGGAUGAUAAACGCAUUCUGGCGUUAUUGGUGAAUUCUGUUGAUAAGCGGACACAAUCUGUGAUUACUCAUUGUCAAACAGUGAAGGAGUUAUGGGAGUUUCUCCAGUUUAUUUUUGGGAAAGCUGAUAAUUUGAAUCGCAUCUAUGCUCUGUUGCAGCAGAUAUUUCGUCCGAAACAGGAUAAGCGUAAGUUGAUGGAUUAUUUUCUGGAAUUCAAGAAAUAUGCUGAGGAACUGACUUCUCUCCUAUCAUGCAAGACAAAAGAGGAUAUGCUAGCCCAACAGAAGAAAUUGAUAGCAUUGAGUUGGUUAUCCGGCCUUGAUCAGGAGUUUGAGGUGGUCCGGUCUCAUAUUUUGUCGAGCAAGCAAGUGGAUACUCUCACUGAUGUCUUCUCUCGAGUCAUGCAGUCCUCUUUUGAGAAGCCCAAACCUGCUCCAGAUGUUGAUACUUCUGAUCGCUCUGCUUUAGCGGCCCAUUCAGGCUUUCGUGGCGGACGUGGUGGAGGCCGAGGAGGUCGUGGUGGUGCUAGAGGUCGUGGUGGACGUUCCGGACAGAUCCAAUGUUAUAGUUGUGGAGAAUUGGGUCAUUACAAGAAUCAAUGUCCCAAUUCUCAACAGCACCAACAACAUUUUCAACAGUCAGCUCCUAAUCGCUUUGCCCACAACGUUUCCCAGUCAGAUGUUGUCCAAACACAACCAGAAAAGCGUACAGUGGUUAUGAGUGAUGAUGAGUUUGCCAGAUAUACACAGUUUCAAAUCUCACAGCAGUCAGUCUCACCUUCCUCCUCCACAGCUACCUUUGUCCAAACAGGAUCUGUCGACACAGAGGAUUAUUGGUAGAGGAAGAGAAUCUGAUGGACUGUAUCUACUAGACGAAGGAGUCUCGAAGGCAUCCACAGCUUAUCGUACCAGUAGCGUGUCUCCUUUCCAGCUUCAUUGUCGUCUCGGUCAUCCAUCUCUAGGAGUUCUUAGGAAGUUGUGUCCUCAAUUGGAGUCCUUAUCAAGUUUUUCUUGUGAGUCUUGUCAGUUUGCUAAACACCAUCGUCGUGUUUAUUUACCUCGUUUGAAUAAAAGAGCUGUGUCUUUAUUUCAUAUUGUCCACUCUGAUGUAUGGGGUCCAUGCCCUGUAACUUCUAAAUUAGGUUACAAGUAUUUUGUCACAUUUGUGGAUGAUUAUUCUCGUGCAACAUGGUUAUAUUUAAUGAAAUCCAGAUCUGAGUUAUUCACUAUAUUUUGUAACUUUUGUGCUGAAAUUCGUACUCAAUUUAACUGUCCAAUACGUAUUCUUCGUAGUGAUAAUGCCAAAGAGUACUUCUCUGCACCAUUCUGUACUUUUAUGGCUAAACAUGGCAUGAUUCAUCAGUCUUCUUGCAUUGUUACACCACAGCAAAAUGGGGUGGCCGAGCGUAAAAACCGGCAUCUUAUGGAAGUUGCUCGGGCUUUGAUGUUUCAGAUGAAAGUUCCGAAAUGUUUUUGGGCUGAUGCAGCUCUUACUGCUGCAUAUUUAAUUAAUCGCAUGCCAUCCACUGUGCUAAAUGGUGUUAUUCCUUAUUCUGUCUUGUUUCCGUCAUGUUCUUUGUUUCCUUUGCCUCCAAAAGUAUUUGGUUGCACCUGUUUUGUUCUUGAUGUCAGGCCUCAAGUGACUAAGUUGGAUCCAAAGUCAUUGAAGUGUGUGUUCCUGGGUUACUCUCGUACCCAGAAAGGGUACCGUUGUUUCUCUCCAGAUCUUGGUCGCUACCUUGUCUCUGCUGAUGUUACAUUCUUUGAGGACUGCUCCUUCUCGGGGUGGUCGCCCUCCUCUUUCCCGGUAUGUGAGUCCGAAGACACCUUCUUAACUUAUAUCACUACUUCCCUUGCUCCACAGACUACUACUGGUACAGGUUUCCAAUUUUAUGAGAAGACAUAUAGUCGCAGGCCGAAGAGUAGUGCUCCUCCAUCGGAUACUCAAUCUCUACCUUCACUUCCUCUGGUGUCUUCAGACCCUCAUGAUAAUUUGGACCUCCCUAUAGCUUUACGUAAAGAUGCCUUAUCACAUGUUGGUUGGAGGCAGGCUAUGGAGGAGGAAAUGCUGGCCCUUGAGCAUAAUGCGACUUGGGAUUUGGUCCCUUUACCUGCAGGGAAACAGGCUGUUGGGUGUAAGUGGGUUUACACUACUAAAGUAAACCCUGAUGGUUCUCUGGCUCGCUUGAAAGCUCGGUUGGUUGCCAAGGGAUAUGCUCAAACAUAUGGGGUCGACUACACUGAUACUUUUUCCCCUGUUGCUAAAUUGUCCUCUGUUCGCAUUCUUAUCUCUCUUGCUGCUACUAAUCAUUGGCCUUUGUUCCAGCUAGAUGUGAAGAAUUCAUUUUUACAUGGUGAUUUACAGGAUGAGGUAUACAUGGAGCAACCACCCGGGUUUGUUGCUCAGGGGGAGUGUGGAAAAGUGUGUCGACUCAAGAAAUCAUUGUAUGGCCUAAAACAAUCACCUAGGUCCUGGUUUGGACGAUUCAGUGAUGUUGUUAUGGAGUUUGGCUUACGAAGAAGCGAGAGUGACCACACUGUGUUUUUCAAGCAAACUAAUAAAGGCUGCAUUUUAUUGGUUGUUUAUGUUGAUGAUAUUGUGAUUACAGGUAGUGAUAGUGAAGGAAUUGGCAACUUGAAGACUUUCCUUCAAACGAAGUUUCAGACCAAAGAUCUUGGAAUUCUGAAAUACUUUUUGGGCAUUGAAGUUAUGUACUCGAAGAAUGGGAUUAUGAUAUCUCAGAGGAAGUAUGUUUUAGAUUUGCUAGCUGAGACUGGUCUUAUGGGAUCUAAACCAUGUGAGACCCCUAUGGAACCAGGAAUGAAACUUACAGCAGAAGGAGUUCCUUUCUCUGACCCCCAACGAUAUAGAAGAUUGGUGGGUAAGUUGAAUUACUUGACAGUUACCAGACCAGAUAUUGCCUUCCCAGUGAGCGUUGUAAGUCAGUUUAUGUCCUCCCCGACAGACGCACAUUGGGAAGCAUUAAUUCGCAUUGUCAAGUAUCUGAAGAAAGCUCCAGGAAGAGGUAUCGUGUACAGGGAUCAUGGACAUAUGCGAGUGGAGGCAUUUUCAGAUGCUGAUUGGGCAGGAUCUCCUAUGGAUAGAAAAUCCACCACUGGCUAUUGUGUAUUUUUGGGAGGUAAUUUAAUUUCUUGGAAAAGCAAGAAGCAAAAUGUGGUGGCACGAUCUAGUGCAGAAGCUGAAUAUUGUGCUAUGGCUCAAACUACUUGUGAACUUAUGUGGGUCGGACAAAUCUUGAGUGAGAUGGGAAUUGAGAGGAUAUCUCCAAUGAAACUAUGGUGUGAUAAUCAGGCUGCCCUACAUAUCUCAUCAAAUCCAGUUUUUCAUGAAAGAACUAAACAUAUUGAGGUGGAUUGCCAUUUUAUCCGUGAGAAGCUUCAACAGAACCUUAUAUCAACUUCUUAUGUUAGAACAGGCGAUCAACUUGCAGAUGUGUUUACAAAGGCUUUAAAUGGGGUUAAUGCUAGUGAUGAUCGUUCUACAUCAGCAAUUGAAGCAAAAAUCCGUGAUGUGGUUGAGAUGAACUCUGUCUUGUCUCAUUCAAGGCCGAAGUGUCUGGUGGUGGAUGAAAUUGAUGGAGCCCUUGGUGAUGGUAGGGGUGCUGUAGAAGUUCUUUUAAAACUGGUUUCUGCUGAAAGGAAGCAAAAUGGAGGCAAUAAAAGUUUGGGCGAGCGACAGCUAGAUGGGAAAUCAUCAAAGAAGAGGCAGAAAACUGCAUCACUGUCAAGACCUGUGAUUUGCAUAUGCAAUGACCUAUAUGCACCUGCGUUAAGACCAUUACGUCAGGUAGCCAAGGUCCAUAUAUUUGUUCAACCAACAGUUAGCCGUGUGGUAAGCAGGCUAAAAUAUAUAUGUUACAAGGAGGGGAUGAAAGCCACUGCAAUUGCACUCACUGCUCUCGCUGAAUAUACAGAAUGUGAUAUACGCUCAUGCUUGAACACUCUCCAAUUUGUGUCUAAGAAAAAAGAAACCCUCAAUGCAAUUGAUAUUGGUUCUCAAGUAGUUGGCCAGAAGGACAUGUCAAAGAAUGUUUUAGACAUCUGGAAACAGUUUUUCCAAAGGAAAAGAACGAAAAAGAUGGAAAGGGAAUCUCGUAGAAGCAAGUCCUUUGAAUUUGACUACUUGUACUCCCUUAUAUCAAACCGUGGUGAUAGUGACUUAUUUCUGGAUGGAAUUCAUGAGAACAUUUUGCAGCUCAAUUAUCAUGACCCAGUGAUGCAGAAAACUGUCAAGUGUUUCAACAGUCUUGGAGUUUAUGAUCUAAUGCAUCAAUAUAUAAUGUGCACACAACAAAUGCGCAUUCAUGUUUAUUUGCCUGCUAUAGCAGUUAACAUACAUCAUAUAGUAGCUCAAGUUCAGAAGCCAAAUAUUGAGUGGCCGAAGUCAUAUCAAAGGUGUAGAGCAAUGAUGAUGGAAAGGAUGGACAUUUUAAAGACCUGGCACUACCAAAUAUCACCAUCUAUUGCAAGGAACUUAUCAGCUAGUUCCUUUGUUGAAGACUUAAUAUCCCCAUUGUUACAUAUCCUGUCCCCACCAACUAUAAGACCGGUGGCCUUACAACUGCUAUCAGAUAAGGAGAAGAAUGAUCUUGCUGAAUUAGUUAGCACAAUGGUCUCAUACGCUGUAACAUACAAGACUAUGAAACCGGAUAUACUGCUUCAUACUGUGAAGUAUGAAGGAGCAGAUGACUUGGGUCUGUCACUUGUUCCCCCGAUCAGUAACUUUAUAAACUUUAAGGACUAUACUUCAAACCAUUAUGUUCUUUCUUUAGCCAUGAAGAAGGUCUUGGUGCAUGAAGUUGAAAAGCAUAAGAUUUUACAUGUUAAUAAUGACAAAACUGUGGCUUCAGUGAAUGGAGGGCAUGAAAUUAUUGAUGCUGGAACUAACAAGGUCCCAUUAGCCAAUACCAAUCGUGCAACUGCAGUUGAUUUGAAAACCAACGAAAAUCAGGCUAAUGUUUUUGCAAGGCAAUUAAACCCAAAUCCCAUUACAGUUUCACAAAACUCGAAUCCCAAUGGAAGUGCAAAUGCAACAGACAAAGCGAAACUGCUUAAGAUGGGAAAAUUGAAGAAACCAUCCAGUAGUUCAAGUUUCUUUGACAGGUUUAAAAAGUUGAAUGUCAAGGGUCUCCAAAAUGAUAGAUCUCAACAGAAAGAAGCUACUUUGGAGAAACAUCGAUGCCCUUUACUUUUUAAAUUUAAUGAGGGUUUUACUAAUGCUGUCAAAAGGCCUGUUCGAAUGCGUGAAUUUCUUUCCUAAUUAUGCCUUCAACAAGUAGUGUUCAUUAUUCACUUAUUUGCCUUGGUAUUAUCGAUUUAUCAUCAAGGAUUCUACUUCUUUGCCCUUGAAAUAUCAACUUGCAUGUGUCAAAGUACUACUUUCAUGAUCUUUUCCUUAUAGUAUCUGAAAGGAAGGCUAUGUAGUGGAAGAUAUGUUAUCCGAGUGUUUAUUAUUAUCUGCUACUCAUCUAAGAACUAGGAACUAAUUUGUUCAUCAGCAGCAAAUUUUACCUUCAUUCUCUGUUAAUGAAGCUGUAAUAUUCGUCGUGUUCAUUAGAUAUGUAAUCAACCUUCAGGUUACUUGUUAGAUAGCCAAGAAAUGUGAAUUUGUUCACCAUAUAACGCAUGCGUGGAAAUAGUUUAAUACAGACAUAGUUUCCCCAUGUGUAUAUAUUUUUCAGUCAUUAAACGAUGUAAGAAAUUUCAACUACCCAUUUUCUUGAGGUUUCUGGCUUUCUGCAAUGUGUAACGUAUAUUUUUCUAUAUUAAAAUUGAACUCCUUAUCUCC